UGCAGAACAGCCUUCCUGAUCCUAAGCACCAACCAGUCGGAGGAAGUGCUAACAGAGGGUGGGGUUUAGCGCGAAGGGGAGCAGCCGUGUGGCGAAUGACAGCGAAGGAGAGGAGUUCCAAGCCACGACUGCCCUUCCUUCCGUGUGAGACAGAGAGGAAGGGGAGUAAAGCCAGAGGAGACACCAGCAGGUGCAGAGUAGAGGAGAGAAGAGCAAGUGAACCAGAGGGGGAAAAACGUGCCAAAAAUCAGGGAGAAAGAUUUUUAAAAAAAAAAAAGAUUAACGUAAAGAGCAGCCAUCAGUCAGACAGACAGGUUUUAGUGAUCUUUUCCAUUUGGACUUCACUUCAUCCUCUGUGCCAGACCCCUUCACUGAGACUCACUCUUCUCCCGUACGGACUACACUUCAUAAGAUCGUCCUCGACUUUGCCUCAGAAGAGAUCAGAAACUACCAUGGAAACUGGGAGCCCCAGGAAGAUACAGUUCACCGUCCCCCUACUGGACACGCACCUGGACCCAGAGGCGGCAGAGCAGAUCAGGAGACGCAGACCCACUCCUGCCACUUUGGUGGCGUCCAGUGAUCAGUCUUCACCGGAAAUAGACGAAGAUCGACUUCCAACCCAGCUGUACAAGGCAGCCUUGUUGAACUCUCCCCGACAACGAAGGAAAGGACAGAAGGGAACGCCGACGAUGAAAGAGCUGCACUUCCUGGUGGAGCACCACCUCUACAGGCAGCAGCAGCAGGGAGCUGGAGACGACUGCUCCUCAGAGAGCUGCCUCUCAGACCGGCCCAGCCCCGACUCUGUGGCCCCCGGAGAGGAGCUCCCGCACGACAACGACACCACCGUGGAGGCCUUUGAAAAACUCUGCUGCCAAAUGGAGGGUAGGUUUACAGGAAGUGGUCCGUAGUAGAGGAGCUCGUUGUUAUGGCCAGAGCAGAGGUGGGAACCAAGUCAUUGCCUCGCAAGUCAUAAGUAAGUCUCAAGUCUUUGCACU